AUCACCUUGAUCCUAGACUGCCGUUACUCGGUGGCAGAAUCCGGAACUUACCCGGGCCAGGAGUUCGCACUGUCCCCCCGCUCGCUUCGCUCGAGGACAUGCUCGUCGCCACGGACAAAAGUUUGAAGUGCUUCCCUGGUUAUAAGUCCGUAUUGUCGGAGGACUGGCUCCCAGAUAUGGAUUCUCAUGUUAUGAUGGCAGCGUGUAGGGAGUACGAGUUUGUAAAGGAGAAACGCAGGAAGGAUGGGUUCAAUGGGAUUUUCACACAGGAUGUUGUUCGCGCUCUCAAGUCUGGUCAGCUAGGAGAAGGAUCAACAUAUGUCGACCUUGUUAACUCCAUACUUGCUCGCACCACCAGAUGCCAGUUAUCACUGGGAAAAAUAAGCAUGCAAAACUGUGUAUGUGAGGUUCCCAGGUCUGGGAAUGGAGACCCAAAUGACUGGCAUGUUGGCAAGGACCAGGGCCUAGUCCAAUUGAUUGACCAGGCAGCUGCAUAUGAGCUCAUACCUGCCAGGAGAUGA